ACUUAUUCAGGGUGAAAAAUACAAAUUUGCUACCAAUCACAAUUCAGUCCAAUGUGUGUACAUUAUUUAAAUCUUAAGUCGUAUAUAGUUCACAAUGAACUAGCUCUACUUAUCUUCAAAGUUCAAAACACAACUCAAUGAGGUAAUUGUUCAUUAUAUAUUUGGUAUAUGCCCUCACAUAUGUCAUUUCAUAAAAUUUAAGGAAGAAGAGAGAGACAUGGGGAAGAAAUGUGAAGUAAAGCUUCAUGGUAUGUGGGCUAGUUCUUACUCAAAGAGAGUAGAAAUGGCCCUUAAAGUUAAAGGCAUACCUUAUGAAUAUAUUGAAGAAGAUUUGAGCAAUAAGAGCCAUUUGCUCCUCACCUGCAACCCUGUUCAUAAGAAGAUCCCACUACUCGUUCACAAUGAAAAGCCCAUUGUUGAGUCAUAUAUCAUCCUUGAAUAUAUCGAUGAAACCUGGAAAAAUUCUCCUAGACUUUUUCCAGAAGAUCCUUAUGAAAGAGCCAAAGUACGGUUUUGGGCUAAUUAUAUUCAACAACAGAUGAUCGAGAGCAAGUCUCGAGUAAUAAUGAGUGAUGGGGAAACACAAGUGAAAGAAUCCAAAGAAUACAUAGAGAAACAGAAAGUACUGGAGGAAGGAGUCAAGGAUUUCUUCAAAGGAGAUGGUCCUUACACAAAUGGCCAGAAUUUAGGGGUGCUGGACAUUUUGACAGUUGCAACAUUGGGUUUCUACGAAGUUCAAGAACAAGUAUUUGGUGUGAAAUUCAUGGACCCAGAAAUGACACCGUUUCUCUACUCAUGGGUCACAGAAGUGAACGAACAUCCGGUGGUGAAAGAGGUGUCACCUCCUCUUGACAAGAUCAUGGGAUUCCUUUUGUAUUUCAAACAGAAUAGGCCUAUAUAUUCAAACAAAUGAAGACAUACACAUGUGUGUGAAAGUCUGGUAGAAGUGGUUGUGUGUGGUAUUGAAGGCAUUACUGGGGUAAUUUGUCUAAUACCUUCUUUUGCUUAACCACCCAAAUUGCAGAUGAAUUGGCCUGGUUCGGUUUAAUGUAAAAAUACAUGAAUAAAUUGUUUGGACUCGCUAAUGGAGGAAUGUCAUACCAAGUGAAAAUGAAAUAUGAAUGCAUUGUUCCACCUGCAAGGUUUCAGGGAACAAAUCCCUCGCAACAAGAACCUUGUUCCUCAAAAAAUCAAUUAAAGCAAACAAAUGAGAAUAAGUAAAGCUUGAUCAUAA